AUGACGGCUGCAUCUGCCACUCCUCCCUCUGCUCCCAUUCCGGUCUGCGUGGUCGGCUUUGGCAAUUCGGCACGCACUUUCCACCUACCUUUUGUGCUGGCGCUGCCGCAGCUCUUCACGCUUCACUCGAUCCAGCAGCGUCCUCGCACUGCCGCCAACGCUUCGUCUUCCCCGGACGCAUCUAAGCUCUUUCCGAACGUCACUGUCCUGCCUGACUUUGACUCGGUGCUGACCAGCCUGCCCAAGAACGGCCUGAUGAUCGUCACCACCACCAACGAUACGCAUUUCCCCUUCGCCAAACGCGCGCUCGAGGCAGGCUUCAACGUGCUGGUCGAGAAGCCCGUUGCGACCAACCAGAACGAUGUUCAGGUGCUCGUCGACUUGCAGGAAAAGACGGGCAAGCUGUGUGCCGUUUACCAGAACCGACGCUUCGAUGGCGACUUUUUGACCAUCCAGAGUCUGCUUGCCGACAAGGGCGCGGAACCGUCUGCGCUGGGUGUGCCGACGUACUUUGAAUCGCGCUUCGACCGCUUCCGCCCUUACGCUAAAGGAGGAUGGAGGGAGGAGGUGGACCCGGACACCCAGGGCGGCGGCAUGCUGUGGGAUCUCGGAUCGCACCUCAUCGACCAGGCUCUGUUCCUCUUUGGCCCACCGGAGAGCGUCACCGGCUUCGUACGCAAUCAGCGCAACCAGGGGCCCGCGGCCGUUGACGACGACUGGCUCGCCAUCCUCAACUACCCCGCUUCUGCGCCCUUGCCUCCCUCCUCGCCCGCUUCCGGGUCCAAGAUCGGCGGGCUCAGGGUCUCCCUGGGCGCCACGUGUCUUUCGUCGCACGUCGAUGCCGAGCAGCCGCGAUUCCGUGUCGAGGGCACGCGCGGAAGCUACGAGAAGCGAGGCACAGAUCCGCAGGAGAACCAGCUCAAGCUCGGCUGGACCCCCUCUAGCCACCCGGAGGAGUUUGGCGUCUACAGCGAGUCCGCCGACCCGGACAGCAUCCGCCUAGGGCGACUCACCACCAUGGUCCGAUCGGACGAGGAUCUGUCGCUCCCCACACCCGGUGCCGGUGCGUCGGCACCCAAGCAGCCCCAGCUGUCCGUGGCCAACAUCCCGACGCUGCCAGGCAGGUACAUUGAUCUGUUUGCGAACGUGGCUGCUUCGAUCCAGGCCGCUAGCCAGGCGCAAGUCGAGGGCAAGAAUCCAGCCGAGGCGCUCAGGAGCGUUUCGCUCGUCGGCGUGGAGAGGACGCUCAAUGCGGUCAAGCUCAUCAAGCUGAUUCGGGAGAGCAGUGUGCAGGGAAAGACGCUACAGUGGGCGUGA